ACAAUAACAACAAUAAAUAGGAUGAGCAACAGGAAAUGACGUGCCUACACUUCCGGUUGUGAUUGUUUCCCGUUUUAGUGGCCCAAAAGUGAUUGAAGUGAAGAUGAGCAGCAAAACCCUCCUUAACUGUGAAACGUCUUCUUUGCGACACCCAAAGAACAGACUGAGCGCGCACCUGGAGCAGCUACCGUUCAACUACAAGGCGACUGUACUUCUCCCGGAUUGUGGCUGCGCUCCUUCUCAACUCGAUGCAACAUUAAGAAGUUUCCAAAAUUUCUACCUGGUCCGGAACCUUCCGCUUUAUGAACUUCUGGACGAACACCUAGGCCGUGGUAUGCGCUUGUCACGUGACUACAUCCAUGCCCCAUUCGUUUUGCAUAUCACUGACAACAUGUGCGUGUGUGCUGCAGGAAGCGUGUGCGGCCUGUCCUACAAAACUCGUAUUGACGAAGACAACUGUGCUUUCCUCAAGGCAAAUGGACAUCUGUGUCUGUCGCUGGACAAAGACUCCUACGAGCUGUUGGGCAUUGAAGGCAAAGCGUGUAAACCAAAGUCCAGCCGAUACGUGGUCAGUGUGGAUUUGAAUGACAGAACCAUGGCUCCUGGCAGGCCGGGCUACCAGCGUCUAUUCAGCGGUCUGAAGUCACGCCUUCCGUUAAAGAUGGAAUUCCUGUUGGCGCCUGCUUCAGGGGACCCGGACGCGCUGCAGCCGCUGCUAUCAAGGUACGAGUGGUCACGGCACACGCCCGAGGUCAGCUAUCGCCUUCUGACCCAUUUGAGCCGUCCCGACCCGCUGACUUGUGACCUGCGCUCGUAUGACCCCUUCGACUUUCUGGAGUGGCUCGGUGCCGUCCAAGCAGAUAUCAGCCGCGACAACGCUGCCGACAGCUUCCUGUCUUCCUUGGCGUGCCCUCAUCCAUCCGCCGAGUCUUCUCAGAGCUCGUUUCUCCUUGAGGUGCGCGGUCUGCUGCUUCCUCAAAACAUCAUGACGCUGGUCGAGCAGCUCGGCCAUUUCCUGGAGCGUCCCCUCUCGCCACCCUGGGCGGCCGUUACGGUUCACGGCUUUAUGGACAAUCUGCACGUGCACGAGCGACACUUUUACACGCUGGUACUCUUUCCUGACCAGGCCUACUCCCUGCACCUGGCCACGCCAGCCUCCUGACCACACCCACCUCUUUGCAAACACUAAAAUGGACUUGGAAAAUAAUGCGCAGGGUUUUUUUCAACAUCCUAUUGGAUUGGAUUAAACUUUACAGAUUUGAGUUACAAAAGUCAUCUUUUAUUGUGUAAAAUGACUUUGGCACAGGCCAUCCUUUAUUUUGGUAAAUAAAUGUACUUGGAGUUUUUUUUAA